AUGAAGGUGCUGGUGCUACUGCAAACUGCAGUCGUCGCAGUCGCUGCACGUCGCGCCGCCGCGUCGGCCAGCGACCCCGACGUCGGUGAAGGCUACAACUUCCUCCAGGACACCGUCAAGGGUGCUACCGACAAACUGGUUGGAACGCUUAGCCCCAACGCCCCCGAUACCUCCUCGAACACCGGUCAAGACGCGGCAAGCGGAGGGUUUUUCGUGCCGUUUGGAACUGACGAACCGUCCGAGGAGCUCUUCAAACGCAACAGCAGUCUGGAGAAAAUCGUCCCGAUCAUCAACGUCGCUGAAGAAGCUCGCAACCAGCCCAUUCCGACUAACAAGUGGUGGGCCAAUAUCAUUCACGUAACCGACCUCAAGAAUGUGACCAACUACGCUGCGUGGUCUAACCCGUACGCAGUGAAGCUGCCUCGAACGGCCCCUUACGGAGUACAGGCCUGCUACUCGUACACUUACCGCCAAAUCGCCCCCGAGGUCAAGGGCAUGGUCAAGGAGUACAACCACUCGUACCACAACGACCUGACGCUGUCGUCGCACGAGUUCUUUUCGUACGAGCCCAAGUACGAAGUAUACGAAUGGGACGAAGGUGGCGCCAAACUGCGCACGUGUGACGAGGCCAGCGGCAAAUGCAUGGAGUCGGCUCUCGUGAGCGGCAUGGCGUUCGUCUCCGCCACGUAUGACGGACUCACCCCGCGCAUCGACACGGAGCAUAACAUCGUCGACCUGGACGACUCGGCGCCGGGCAAGUUUGUCAUUCACCUCAACAACAGCCAGACGUGGGUGCUGUACGCGAGCGACAAGAGCCUCAAGCUCCGUGUGGAGGACUCGGUGGUGUUCUCGAUGAACGCGUCUGGAUCGUCGCUCGUGGCGGACGCGGGCUACUCGGGCACGAUCCGCGUGGCGCUGCUGCCUGACGACGCCGACGACACGGUGUACGACGAGUUUGCUUCGUGCAUGGUGCGCGGUGGCAGCGUGUCGAUGGAGUCGCGCACACGGUACUCGUUGCAUUGGGACGUGGAGGGCAGCAGUUGCCAGACAGUGGGUCUGCUGCAUUUCGCGCUGCCGCACCAGUUGGAGUCGAUGAGCGGAUCUCCGACGACGUCGAGCAGUGCUGGAGCCAUUAUGUUGCACUCGGCUACUCGCGGUGUGAUGGUGGGUCAGGUGACGACUACGCCGACGUGGUCGUUUGUGGAGCCCGAGGCGGACUUCGAGGUGGACUUUUACCCGCCGCGUAAGCCGUCUGCGUGGAUCAUCAAGGAGACCGACAUGCUGAAGACACUGCAGAAGGACAUCAUCGCCAACUGGUCCGACUGGGACGCCAAGAGCUGGUACUACAACGGCAAGUAUUACCAGAAGUACGCCUCGUUGUGUCUGAUGGCGGCAGACAGCACGAUCGUUGGCUCGGACACGACGCUUCUGUCGUAUUGUUUGGAGAAGCUGGAGGCUAUGAUCGAGCCGGUGCUGAACAACACGCUGUCACCGCCGCUCAUGUACGACACGCUCUACAGCGGUUUGAUUUCGAGCUCUAUCUUCCAGACGGGCAGCAUCUACACGGAGUUCGGCAACGGCAUUUACAACGACCACCACUACCACUACGGCUACUUCGUGACGGCUUCUGCUAUGCUGAAGCACCUGGACCCGAAGUGGUCGCGCAUGCCGGAGCUGGAGAAAAUCAUCUGGACGAUGCUGCGUGAUGUGACGAACCCGAGCGCCGAAGACAAAUAUUUCCCUCGGUUCCGUCACUUUUCGUGGUAUUUGGGCCACUCGUACUCCCACGGAGUGACCUCGAUCGAGAACGGCAAGGAUGAGGAGAGUACGUCGGAGGAUAUCAACUUCUACUAUGGCAUGACGUUGUGGGGCAAGGUGACUGGGAACAAGGCGGUGGAGGAUCUGGGAAGUCUGAUGCUUCGUCUGGAUGCCCACGCGAUUCGGACGUACUUCUUGCUCAAGUCGGACAAUACGAUCCAUCCACCUGAGAUUGUCCGCAACCGCGUUACGGGCAUUUUCUUUGACAAUCGGGUCUAUUACAACGCGUGGUUCCUCGACGAGAAGUACGCGAUCCACGGCAUCCAGAUGAUUCCGGUGUCCCCGAUCAACGAGCUUGCUCGCACGUCGACUUUUGUGGCGCAGGAAUGGAACGACAUCUUGUCGAAAGAGCAGAUUGUGACGAUGAAGUUCAGCAACAACUCGUGGCUGUCGCUGCUGCUCGUGAACGCGGCCACGGUGAAUCCGAUGGACUCGCUGCACAAGCUCAAGAAUGCCACCAUGGACGACGGACUGUCGCGCUCGUGGGCGCUGUACAACGCUGCCACUCGCUGCAGGGACGACGUGUCCGUCAGGGGGUCGGUCUCCGAGCUACAGGUCGCGGUGGAUCUGUAG